GAAGAACUUUACUUCCGUGCACUCAAAAUGGGAACAUUAAUGUCUUAAAGUGGCUGUUUUUUUUUCGCUACAUGUCCCGAAAACGGCACUUUUUAAUCCUUCUUAAGUUUAAUUUACUAUCGGGCUACUAAUGUGAAAGAUAAAGUUAUCGAAGAAGCGCGUUUUGAGGAGGAGAGUUGGUGACAACAACAAGAAAAAUCCUCCGGCUAACGUUGAUGUUAUUUUAGCUAACUUAACUUUUAUUACUCACCUACAACCUUAAAAGCAUCUUACCUGAUAUUAAUCAACAAUAGACACACUCGUAGUUUAGAGUCUGCGUGUAUUUGUGUACCAGACAUCAGGAAAAUGCAUCGGAGAGGUGUUGGUGCGGGAGCUAUUGCCAAAAAGAAGCUCGCAGAGGCCAAAUAUAAGGAAAGAGGAACUGUUCUUGCAGAGGACCAGAUUGUCCAAAUGUCUAAGCAGUUGGAGACCUUCAAGUCCAACCUGGAGGAGUUUGCCAGCAAGCAUAAACAAGAAAUCCGAAAGAGCUCCGAGUUCAGGGUUCAGUUUCAGGAAAUGUGUGCCACAAUUGGAGUUGACCCACUUGCCUCUGGCAAAGGUUUUUGGUCUGAGAUGCUUGGCGUAGGUGACUUCUACUAUGAGCUCGGUGUACAGAUUAUUGAAGUGUGCCUCGCCCUGAAACACAGAAAUGGAGGGCUUAUUACUUUGGAUGAACUCCAUCAGAGAGUACUGAAGGGAAGAGGUAAAUACGCUCAGGACGUGAGCCAAGACGACCUGAUGAGAGCCAUUAAGAAACUGAAGGUGAUGGGAAAUGGCUUUGGGGUGAUUCCUGUUGGUGGUUCUUACUUGGUCCAGUCAGUCCCAGCAGAGCUCAACAUGGACCAUACUGUAGUUCUACAGCUGGCCGAGAAAAAGGGCUACGUCACAGUGAGUGAGAUCAAGGGCAGUCUAAAAUGGGAGAAGGAGCGAGCUUGUCACGUCCUGGAUCACCUGCUGAAAGAAGGCUUGGCUUGGCUGGACUCUCAGGCAGCUGGAGAAGCACAGUACUGGCUGCCAGCCCUCUUCUCAGAGAUAACCUCGCGUGACGUCACACCAGAGGAGGCCAAUCAGAUGACACCUUAAGAAAUGACAGGGGGGACCUGGACCGCUAGCUGGUGGCGGCUUUAGAGACCUGUUAGUAAACAAAACUGUGCCUGGUGGGAAGGCUCGUGUGAUGGAACUGGCAGGCUGGAUGGACUUCCUCUGAUAUCAUUUUCUGGACACAAAGAGGGAAAACUUUCCUCAUCGCCUCCUCAGUACCAUCUAUGCAACGUGUGCACUGACAUUGUUGGAGUCACUGAGAGCAGUUUGAUUUCCACUCCACUGAAGUUCAGUCUGAGAUCUUAUGUCGUCUUGCUGGUGUCUGUUUGAGGGUGAUACUCAAUGUACAGAACAAGUAAUUGUUUAAGUUUUCAUGCAUAAACGGUAACUUUGAAAGAAAAGACUACACCGGCUGCCUUCUAGCAGUUUAACUCAACUUUUAUUACGUUAGCAGGACUUAAAAUGCACUUACAUUUAUUCAUUUGAAUUGAUCAUUGAUAUCAAUUCACUUUGGAUCAUUGCUCAGCCUCAUAUCAACAAUACAUUCUGUCAUGUACAUUUUAAAAUCUACAGAAACUUGGGUAAUAAACACUUACAUCAGU